AUGCGCACUCGAUCCACAACUCCGUCAUCGAAAACGAAAAAGACCGAGUCGGGCCAGAACCAGCCGACGCCCAAGGCCCUGACACCAGCAGAACGACCCAGCAAGACCUUCAUCCUUCCUACCUCCGCGAGCGAUGAUGCCAAAUUUGUCUCUCUUCCGGACCCACGAACAGGCGCUUUGAAUCGCUACUUCUUCUGUCCGGAAAAGGGCGUGUAUGAAUUCACAGUAGUCGCGCCAUCGCCGCAACACGCACGAAGCAUCUUAUUUACAUCUAAACCGAACAAUGCGCCAAAUAGCAAGGGGAACAUAGCACCAGAGACACCGGGGGGGGAGGGAAGUGUUGCUAAAGUGGCGGAAUUGCUGGUUGCGACACCGAUUGAUUUCAUGUUUUUCAUGGUUCCUCUACUCUCUCCAGAAUCAACACAAGCGAAGAAACUGUUCCAGCCCCUUGACGACAUUAUUGACUCGCAGGACGAGCUACCAACCCAUUUUCGCUAUGUGCUCUACAACGACACUUUUAGGGAGGCGCUGAAUGCACGAGUCGGAGCAAUUUGUGAUACGGUCGAAGCAGGCGAUGAAAAGAUGUUCCGGUUCAGUGAGAUCAAGUUUCUCAAGGAACUGAUAUCCAAGGCAGAACGCAUGGUGGCUGAAGGGCUUCCUGCAAGCAUGGAAGAGCGAUUCAUUCGUCAAGCCCUAGUUACGCCUAUGAUGGCUGUUAAGCGAGAGAACCCUACUGGCGCAACCACAGGCAACAAUGAAUUUGAAGGGGAAUCUCAACUCGAAAAGCAAGAAUCACAAUCAGCCACUCCCGGAGCUACAAGUUCAGACUCUACUACCCCCUCCGGCACCGGCGAAACCAACGAGCCAACACCCGGUACCGAGCCCACACCAACCCCAGACGAAUCCACCACCCCCGAUAACGUAACCCACCUCCUCCGCAUCUCCACAGCCCUAGCAUUCAUGAAAGAAUCUUACAUUCCCCCAUCCCUCUGUACCCGACUCGACGAAAUUCUCGCCUCCUCCGAGAGUCCCCUAGACUUCAAACCCCUCCAAGAACGACUAGAGUACAUCGCUAAGCUCCGCGCGGAAGCACUAGCUUCGCGAUCCCUCGGAGACUUCAGUCGCAAGCGUGGAGCCGAGGACGAAGAUGCCGCUGAGGCGCGUGCGGAGAAGAGACGCAAGGAGGAAGAGGAGAAGAAGAAGAAAUCGGCAACGCUGUCGCGGGGUGUUAAGGACUUGAAGAAGGUCAAUACAAGUGGGAUGAAGAAGAUGAGUGAUUUUUUUGGAAAAUCUGCGGCUAAGAAAAAGUCUUGA